GAGCCCGGGGCUGGGCCCUCCCGGGCUUGUGCCUUCCCCCGGCGGCUCGGGGGGGAGCGUGGCCCCCCCAGAACGGUGGGUGCGGACCCCCCGAGUGGGGAGGGCCCGGAGCCGGCCCUGCUGGAAGCAAUAAACGCCGCGGGAGCGGCCGGGGCCAGCCGGUGUCGUGUCGUGUGUGCCUCGGUGGGGCGGGAGGGGGAGCGCUCCUGUCCCCGGGGGGCUCAGAGCCGCCCUCGGUGUCCCCUCCGCUGCGGGACGCCGAGUGCCCGCGGUGCCUCCGGUCCCGGAAAUCCCGGUAUACCGGAAAUCCCUCCCAACGGAAGUUCCGCCGUCAGCCACCUCCGGUGCGGGCGCGGCUUCACCGGGCCAUGGCGAACCACCUGCGCUUCGUGGGCCGCACGGUGAUGGUGCAGAACGGGAACGUGGAGGCGGCGUACGGCGUCCUGAACAGGAUCCUGGCGCAGGACGGCGUGGCCGAUGCGGUGCGGCGCUCCCGGUACUACGAGAAGCCGAGCCGGGCGCGGCGGCGGCGGGCGUUCGAGGCGUGCCGGCGGGUGUACUGCGCCGAGAUGGCGCGCAGGAUCGCCUUCCUGACAAGGAGCGCUCGGCAGGACCCGUGGCCGGGCUGCUGAGGGGGAACCGGCCGCAAUAAAAACCCUCUGGCUCUGA